GGAUGACCUUUCGAGUUGGAAUUGAGGGUGCGUGGUACAGGUCCUUGUUAAACUGUUCUAAUGUAAAGUGCUAGACAUCGAGCGUCGAGCGCAGGUCGUCAGGCGGGGAAAACAACCCCUCUUACAGAGAACAGCCCAUUGAGCAGCUCUAGUAAGACACAAAUUAUGUACCUAGCUUUAAAUUAUUUUUAUUUUAAUACUUUUAGUCACUUAGGAAAGGAGCCUUACUGUUGAUAAUGUUCAAUCCAACAUUUGGUGACGUUGCAGGAAAGAGCUCCAUUAAAGGACGAUUCGAUAGUCUUUCCACAUUUUUGCCGAAAUAAGUAACCUAAAGCGUCCUCGAUUAUCAAUCAACCAAUUUUUUUUGUUUGUUGUGUGUUUGACUGUUUUCCUGGACUGUUCUCUGGUUGUCUAAAGAGGCUAAUGAGGUCUGGACGAUACUGGACCAGUUAUUGGAGUUAAAAUUCAUUUAAAGAUUUAUAUUUAUCUAAUCAGUCUGUUACAACACGGGAAUAUCUAUAUCAGAAUGUAAAAGCAUUUUCAUUUGUUGAGUAAAUAUCUGGUGAAAAUCUACACACUUUUUGACUACAAUAUAAAAGGCACCUCCGAUAAGACUUGUCCAUCAAUUCGGUACAAUCAGCUGUUUGGCUCAGUGACAUCAGAACAGACCUGUUAUAUUGUUAUAACUAACUCGCUCUUAGGCUACAAUAUGAAAGUUUACAGAAGAUAGCACCAUGAUCAAGAUUAUCUUCAAACAUUUGGCUGUUUUUUAAAAAGAAUCAAUAUAGUCUUUGUUCUAUGGUUUAGUGCGGAAUAUAGUUUUUCUUGUUGUCUGAAUUUUAAACUCUUGUUUAUAUACUAAACAGUUUUCUCUAAAUUUCAUAGCUAAAAAUGUAGUUCAAGUACCAAAGUGCAAUAUUCAAAGUUAAUUAUUAAAAUCGCACUAUAAAUAUGAUAUGUAGCUUAUUAUUUCCCCAUAUCUUUUAUCACCUAUUCAGUUACUUGAUCCUGAAAAAUCAAUUUAGCAACUUUUAAGUCUUCAGUAAUGAGUAAUAAUCAUAAUUAGUUAAAGAUUUUUGUAGUUAUACUUAAGUCAAGACUGUUGAAAGCUUAACUCGAGCAGUAAUUUGAAGCUUAACAUUGAGUGAUAAAUUGUGCUUGCAUGCAGAAAUAGCUAUGAAUAGUUGAAAGGAACUUAACCUUAUAUACAUUAAAAUGUUCCGAAGAUUAAAAGUAAUUUAUGUACUUAUUUAGUGUUUUGUGUAAAAAAGGGUAAUUUAACUUAUUCUUUUUUAAAAACAAAUUUUUAUUCAAAUAAAAUGUCGAGUGACACUUCAGUAUGUGAACUUUCCUUACCUAAUCAUGACUCUGGUGGAAGUAGUAAAACACGUUUUACUUGUAAUUUAUGCAAUAAGAGUUAUUCACUGAAAUAUAUGCUAAAUCGUCAUGUCCGGGUUCAUACUGGUGAAAAACCUUAUACUUGUGUUGUAUGUAAUAAAGGUUUUUCACAAAAGAGUAACUUAGAUGACCACAGUGUGGUCCAUACCAAUGAAAAACCUCAUACUUGUGAUAUAUGCUGUAAGAGUUUUCCCCGAAAGUCUACUUUAACGAGACACUACUUUCUUCAUACUGGGGAAAAACCUUAUUCGUGUAGCAUAUGUAAUAAAAGAUUUAUUACACAAGGUGCUGUAACUGAACAUAGCACUGUUCAUACUGGGGAAAAACCUUAUUCUUGUGAUGUAUGCCAAAAAAGUUUUUCUCGAAAAGGUCAUUUAUAUCGACAUAAUCUUAGUCACGCUGGACAAAAAUCUUAUUCCUGUGAAAUAUGUUUUAAGAAAUUUUAUGCAAAUGGUGAUUUAACUAAGCACGCUGCUAUCCAUUCUGGUGAAAAACCUUAUUCUUGUAGUGUAUGUGAUAAGAGUUUUUCAACAAAAGGUGCUGCAACUCAACACAGCUAUAUCCAUGCUGGUAAAAAACCUUACUCUUGUAUUAUAUGCAAUAAGUAUUUUUCUCGAAAAAGUCUUUUGACUAGACAUAACUUGAAUCAUACCAGUAAAAAAAUUACUAGUUGUGUAGUUUUAGUCAACAUAAUCUUCAGCUGCAAUCUAAAGGUUAACAGAGGACAUGAUAUAUUUAUAGCAAAUCAUUACUGUCAUAGCAUGUCUACUUAUAGUUUUGUUGAUAAACUUGUCAGAAAAAGUCACCAUGCUAUUCCUACUGGCGAAAAACCUUUUUCUUGCCCGGUAUGUAACAAGAGUUAUUCAGAGAAAUAUAUUUUAAAUCGUCACAUGCAUAUUCAUACUGGUGAAAAACCUUAUUCUUGCAUUGUAUGUAGUAAAAGCUUUUCACAAAAAGGUCAUUUAAUUGAACACAGUGUUGUCCACACUGGUGAAAAACCUUUUUCUUGUGAUGUAUGUUUUAGGAGUUUUUCCCGAAAAAAUAAUUUAACUAAACACUACUUUCUUCAUACUAGUGAAAAACCAUUUUCAUGUAAUAUAUGUAAUAAAAGUUUUUCAACUAAAAGUGCUGUUACUGAACAUAGUAAUGUUCAUAGUGGUGAAAGACCAUUUUCUUGUAAUAUAUGCCAAAAAACUUUCCCUCGUAAAAGUCACUUAACUAGACACAGUUUUAGUCAUUCUGACGAAAAACCUUACUCAUGUGGCACUUGUAACAAGAGGUUUUCAACAAAUGCACUUUUAAAUAAACACAAGAUUAUCCAUUCCGAUGCAAAACCUUUUUCUUGUAGUAUAUGUGAUAAAAGAUUUUCAACAAAUAGUGCUGUAACUAAACAUAGCUUUGUCCAUACAGGUGAAAAACCUUUUUCUUGUGGUAUAUGUAAUAAGAGUUUUUCUCGAAAUAGUCAUUUAGUUAGACAUAAUUUGAUUCAUACAAAGCAAAAAAAACCUUUUCCAUGUAAUAAAUGUAAUAAGAGUUUUACAAAAAAUAAAGCUCUAAUUAAGCACAAUCUUCUCCAUCAUAGUGAAAAUCCAUCUCCAUCAUAGUCUCGCAAAUUUUGCAAUUUGAUUUCUCAUGCCAAUUAUAUAUAUAUGUAUAUAUAUAAAAUAAACUGAAAUGAAAACUAUUACUUAUGACUUCUUGCGUGAAUUUAUGGUUUGAAAAAAUUAAUAUAUUUAAAGGAACACACCUUAUUUAUUGUAAGACAUUUAUAAUCAACAUUAAAUUUUAUAUCCCCCCUUUUCCAUGGAACUUGUGUAUUCUUAUCUAGAUCCUUAUAAGUGACAUAAUCUAGUAAAGAUUGUUAUAAUGAGGCAAUAAUAAACUUUUUGUACUUAAUUUUUCUAUCCACCUAAACAUUAGGUGGAAUAACUUUUAUUUCCUUACAUUUAAAUCUUGUUACUUUUAACAUAAAAGUGCAAUGAAUUAUUAUUAUUAUUUUUUUUUGUUUUUUAAAUUUGUUUAAUAUUGUUUAUAAUUCAGUAUGCAGCCGAUAUCUCAAAUUUUCCUUUACAAUUUCAUGCUUCAUAUUUAAUUAUGAGCUUGAAACUGUGAGAUAGAAAUAUUUUAUUUAAAUCAUCUCUAUUUCAAAAGAAUGGAAAACUAAAUAAAAUCCAUCAAAUAUAGGCAAAAUUAAGUAAUAAAAUAAUAAAUUAAAUUUUUUUAUUGAUGAUGAGUAUUAAAAAACCUUUACUAUUUUGAAACAGUAAAAAAAAUUAUAUUUUUAAAUUGUCUACUAUAAGUAUGUUAUUGUUUUGCUUGCAAUUUGAGAAAUGACUUGUUAAAGUAAAAAUUAAAUUACGCAUAAUUUAUUGUUUAUCUUGUUAAAAAUGUGCUCUAAAAAUCUUCCUAAAAUAUUCCUGGGGUCGUACCCUGAACUGUAAGGAAUCUGAAUCCUCAAGAAAUCAAUUUUUUGACUCCAUGAAUUCUGGUUUCAUUCUAGUAACUCAAUUUCAUCAGAAAUUAUUUUUCUAUUUGCUGAGAAGUCAGAAGAAACUUGAUUCUUUUAGGAAUUAUCAUUAGAAUAACGAUGUUAAACCAUUUUGCAUCUGCAUUUUUUUUUAUAAUUAAAUAAUUAAGGGUGUCAAUAUAAAAGAAAACACUAACAAUUCUAUUCUAAUAUUUAAGUGGUAAAUUUUCUUAUUAAUUUUUUAGAGAAAGCGUUGAUUCAAUCGUGAUCCAUGAAGUAAGAAGAAGGAAGUUAAUGUAAUAAUCAAAUCAGAAAGAAAAUACAAGAUCAAAAAUCGAAAUUCUUAAUCUAAAUAAGACUGAAAGAAAAAACUAGUUAUUUAAAAACAAUUUAUGAAGUUGUUGAAAGAUUAUGAUGAAUUGAGAUUUAGAAAUUUAUUUAACAAAAGGUAAAAAUUUCAUUUUAGAUAUUAUUGGACCUUAAAUAUUGAACUGUGCUUAUAAUAGAGGGAUAUUUAAGUUAGAUUAAAUAUAAUAGAUUUUAUUUAUUUUAUGUAGAGAGAAUCUUAUUAAAAUAAAUCUAAAUUAACCCAUUUCA